GCCGCCGUGACGUCAGACAACAAAGAUGGCGGGAGGAAACAGUAACUACUGGGAAGACCUGCGGAAACAGGCGAGGCAGCUGGAGACUGAGCUGGACUUGAAGCUGGUCUCCUUCAGUAAACUUUGCACGAGCUACGGUGCCUCCCACGAUGAUCACCGGGGACGUGGUUCAGACACCACACCUCUCCUCAGCAGCUCCAGCCAAGACAGGAUGCUCGAUACCCUUGGGGUUGAGAUUGAACAGCUCCUCGCAAAGCUCACAAGUGUCAAUGACAGGAUGGCAGAAUACACCAACACUCCAUCGGUGACAUCGCUGAAUGCCGCAGUGAUGCACACACUACAGAGACACAGAGACAUCCUCCAGGACUACACACACGAGUUCCAGAAAACCAAGGGCAAUUUCCUUGCAGUCCGGGAAAGAGAGGACCUGCUUGGGUCACUCAAGAAAGAAAUUGAGACAUACAAGAGCGGUACAGGGGUAAACAACAGAAGGACAGAGCUCUUCCUGAAGGAGAACGAGCAUCUGAGGAAACCGACUGAUCGACGACACCAUAAGCAUUGCCAUGGCAACCAAGGAGAACAUGACAUCACAGCGGGGGAUGCUGAAGUCCAUUCAGAGUCGGGUCAAUUCCCUGGCCAACCGAUUCCCAGCUGUCAACAGUCUCAUUCAACGAAUCAACUUGCGGAAGCGACGAGACUCUUUUGUUCUGGGAGGAGUCAUUGGCAUUUGCACCAUUCUCCUCCUCCUCUAUGCUUUUCACUAAUGUUGGGCAAGGAUCUGACAUUCCUUACAAAAUGGACCCAAGACUUGCAUGGUGGAGAGAUUUGCAGAAUAUGGGGCUGAGAUCCCCUAUUUUGUUCUGCACUUGGACUGGAUCAGGCCUACCCAUUUGUUUCACCCUGGAAGGAUUAGUACUGUGAAGAGGGAGAAGCAUCCUUCACCAAUCACCCAUCAUUUCAUUUGUUCCUUUCCAUGGAGACACACAUACAUGCAGUCAUGCAUGGUGUUUGGGAAAGUUGGGGACAUUAGGAAUCCUGGUCAUGAUCUGGGUCCAUGACAGCCUUCUUUUUGGUUUCUGUUUUCUCACAGGGUGCUAAGGUACAAUGGAGGGAUGGAAUUGGCAUUGAUUAUGGUGAUGAAUGGUAAUGGAGCCUAGGAUAAUGUAACAAGUGUAAAACUCACUGAAUUAACACUGACCUGUAUAACUUUGUGUCCUAUCUGAGGCCACCUUUACACUCCACCUCCUUGUGUGGGUGGUCCUCCUUCUUGAUGUGUGAUGGG